AUGGCUCAGGCUCUUGGUUUCAUCUUCGGCGGAGCAACCUUCCUUCCGCUGGCAAUACCUGUGGAGAGACCAGCGCCAGCCACCGGGGGCUCGACUGUCCAAAUCACGGUCGGGUCAGGCCCGAAUUCCCAAGCUGGCGGGAACGUACCUCAUAUUGCACUUUGGGAUGAUGAUGGCAACCGUAUCGGCCAAUACCACCCUAGGAAGACCGACAAGAUAGCGGAAGGCGAUAGUGGUGGCGGUCCAAUCAAUGUGCCCAACAAUCAGAAUGGCGGCAGGCCCGCUGACCCAUACUAUGUUAUGCUGAGCAACCUCCAGAACGAUGCGAUCUGCAUUUCUGCCGUCAGUGUGGCCAACAAUCAAGUGUCAGCUACUUUCUUUGGCGAUACUGGCUAUCAGUGCGGCCAGUCGUGGUUCCUGAGUGAACAUAGAAUUGGAGCGGACUUCGCCAAACCAAAAUGCGUCUGGCUCGACGGCGAUCAUUCCAAUGGCAUCAAUGCCCGAGCGCUCAGCUUCCACCUGAACGACAUGGCAGCCGCUUCAGACAAGUUGGCAGAGUACACCAGCAAUCCAGACACUCUGUGCAAAAGCACACCUCGGUUUUCCUUCUGGGGUAAUUUGCUUCCGGAUAGUCAGAUUCCAUUCUUCGACCCCAAGCUGGAAUACGACGUGGUUGCAACGGAUGAAGAAGGGAGAGGGUCAGGUGAAGGUGGAGAUAAAAAUCCACAGAGGGUCAUCGAUAAGCCGGGCCAAUACGACAAAUCGGUCUACCUGUUCCAGGGAGAAAAGCACAACACGAAACGAGAGACGCGGCGACGUCGCAACAUCAAAGUCCGUGGCUCCAACCAGGAUCCAGAGCACCUCAUAAUCACGGAUCAUCAAGAGGACGAUAUCCGCGAAGUGUGCGAAUCGUCCAGCUCACACGGUUUCGACAUCGUGUCCACGGUCCAGAAGCUGUACUGCGAUAUGGAGGAAAAGCAGUUGUAUCAAAUCUGUGACGAAGAGCAUGUCAAAGACAACUGCUUUGAUAUGGAGACGAAAUCCAUCAAGCCCAAAGACGGCAUUGGCGCGCGCGCUGAGUUCGCUGCGGCGGUGCCACAGAAGAACUACACUUCGCAGGCCUAUUGGAAGAACUGA